UAGCUAACUAACUAGUACUCCGCGUUCCUCUCACAUUCCAAAAACAUACACGUUAGCUUCCUUGGUGACUCCAAAUUUUCCAUAAUUGUUUGUUGUUUUUUUUUUUGUGCGCCCUGCCAGUCCAGAGUGUACCCCACCUCUCGCCUGGAGUCGGCUGGGAUAGGCUCCAUCAUACCCCCGUGACUCUGAUGAGGAUAAGCUUAACUGUAAAUUAUUAUGUCAGAUAAUUAGUGUGUAAACGUGACAAUAGGGGUGUUAUUUCAUGAAAAAGCAUAUUUGGAGGUUUUAAACACGUAUUCUAAGCGCUAACUACAAAAAUAUUCCACUUAUGAAUGAGGAAUCCUUUGGCCAGGACUUGAAGCAAUUAUUCAUUAUUAUUAUUAUUCAAUUAUUUAUCAUUCCAUUAUGAAGAAGCAAGAGAUUGUGUUGUGUGAAGCUGAACUUCUUCAAAGCUGGGGGUGGAAGAGGGGAGCUGUCUAUUUGACAAGUUGGAGAGUGGGUGAAGACAACAUCUCACACGUCUCCCAUGCAGGGCGGAUGAAGCCCCUUACUUUGGGAGGCAUCAGUUCUUUCCUUCGUGGCGUCCUUUGCCUGUUUGAACGUGGCCGUGCUUCUUUUUCUGCCGGGCUUAUUGAUUUAGGAGACAUGGCUGUCGCAGCUGGUAAAUUAGUAUCCAUAAAAAUAGAAAAUAAUCCAGUUAGGACAGAAAUAAGACUCAUAAUCAUAUAUGUUGCUGUUAACGUCUUCCGGUGAGAGACAAACAGGAAGUGGCUUCAGGGGUUCAGAGUUGACUUUUAUAUCGAUGCGGGUUACGGCUGCAACGCUAGUCGCUAGGUUGUGAAAUGGCUCCGGCGAUCAAGUCUGGUGCUUGUGUGUCUCAACAUUACUGACACCUAGUGACCAGUUAAGAAUACUGCAUAUCACGGCAGCGUCUUCGGGCUUGUCAAACCUUCUGUUUCCUGUAUUUUAACUUGUUGAGGUUUAUUUAAUGCCUGCUUUUUAUUCCCUCGGCCAACCUGUAUGCACCUUUUGCCACCUACACCUUUUUUCAGUCAUCCCGCCUCCGCCGACGGAGCCUCUUCCUCUGACACUUCUGUCUCCAACUUGUUUUAUUCACACCUCCAGUACCUGAGUGUCUGUGAUGCUGUUAUCCAGACGAUGAAAGGCAAAAUUACUGCAAUGAGGAAAGAACAGAAGGACGUCCAUCUGUUCCGUAGUGACACAAAGCGCUGGCGGCUGUCUCUGUGUUCAUUGACUUGUAUCUUGUUGAUGUCUGUGUCACACGGUGACAAACGCUUUAGUAAAAAUCAUUUUUCAUUGCUCAAAAAUGCAGUAUCAUCCUUUCAAAACGACAUAGGCUGUCAAAAUGGAUGGUGUUUAUUAUUAUCUAAAAUAAAAAUUAAAAAUUCCUUUGCAUAAUAUGACUUUAUUGAAGAAAUUUCUACGUGGGUUACUAUUUUAUACAGUACGGUAGUUUGAAAUCUGUAGUGCUCCUUUAAAAGAGCUGUUGUGCUUACGGUAAGCGAGGGCUAUAGUGGCUGUGCUGGUGGCGGCGGCUGUGCGGCGUUGAGUGAAAGCUCGGAGCGCGGCGGCGAUGUGUCUGCUCACAGUCUGCUGGGCUCACUCCCUGUUCUAACGUCUGCCACCCUUUUCCCGAGACGAAACUCAAGCUUCUCCGCUGCUUCGCAGCUGUAGCUAUGGAGGUGCAGUGAAGCAUCAGCAGGAGAUGUGCAUAAUGCGGCCAUGCACUUCAGGCUGCCAGGGAAAGACCAAAGAGCAUUCCAAUUUGGAGAGGUGGCAAACCCCAUGCGGUGGACAAUAUUCUGUCUUUGCGGUAAAUUUGUGGACUUUGUGGACCUCGCAGGAAAUUUGUCAGAACGAGAUAGCUGCCGCAUUUUGCCACUUCAUACGCCGUAGUAUCUUCAAUCAGUGUGUGAACCAUGGCUUCUAAACCACAUCCUCCUCUGAUGAAGAAGCACAGUCAGACCGAUUUGAUAAGCCGCCUGAAAAGCCGGAAGAUUCUUGGUGUUGGCGGAGAAGACGACGAUGGGGAAGUUCACCGUUCGAAGAUCAGCCAGAUGCUGGGGAACGAGAUGAAGUUCGCAGUCCGAGAGCCAGUCGGUCUGAGGCUGUGGUUGCUGAUCUCCGCUGUGGGUUUCACUGCCGUCGCCUUAAUGGCCCUGGUGUUUCCUAACCAGCUAUAUGAAGUCGUUUUUGAGGAGGAGCUCUCCACAACCAGUCUCUCUGUUCGGCUUUAUGGAGGAGCGCUGUUGAGUUUGGCGCUCAUCAUGUGGAACGGUCUCUACACGGCAGAGAAGAUCGUCAUCCAGUGGACUCUCCUGAGCCAAGCUUGCUACUUCACGGUCCAAUUUCUUGUGACCUCCAUCACCUUGAUAGAGAUGGGCAUGCUACCCAAUGCCGCCACGCUGCUGCUCCUCAGCCGGGUCCUCUUCUUGGCCAUCACCCUGGCGUACUACUACCACCUGGGUCGCAAACCAAAGAAGAUCUGAGCUUAGCUUCGCCGUGCUUCCCGGGGGGGGGGGGGGGGCAUCUGAAGGUGCGGCUUAUCAUUUGAACGGGAGCUCGGAGCAUUAUUUUGCCAGCGAUUGCACGUUCCGCACUCACACGUGCGUGGGACCUAGCUUAUUAAAACCCCGCAACAAGUCAAGUCAACAACCGAGCACACGAUGGACUCUCCGUGGGGGAAGCUUCAGACCUCCUGGUAAAAAAAUGACGAGGUCAAACAAUCCCUCCUUUUUGAGUGAUGUUGUUUGUGUUGUAUUGCAUCGUCGUGUCCCCAUGUUUGAUGACGACGGGGUAUGUAUCUUCAGAUCCGUGUCCUACAAUUAGACGUCCAAAAUGACAGUUUACGCUUCUUUGAUACGAGCUACACCUUCCACGGGAACCAGGACCAACAUUCCAACUUCAAAUGUUCUUAUUCCGAGAAUUAGUCCUGAGCACCAGUGAAGACGAAGCGGCUAAAACCUUAUUAAAAAAAAAAACAAAAAACAUUUUCAACCCAAAGAUAUCACGUAAAGGAGGCCCAGCGAUCAACGUGAUUCAUUCUCAGUACCUCCUUCCACUUCCUGGUAGCACCACAGUCUGAGGAGUCAAACCUAAAAGGAGGUUUGUCUCCUGCUAACGUGAACCAGGGUUUCUGGAUGCUAGCCGACGUGGACGUUGAGUGUAAAUUAAAGGACUGGAGAUACGGGUUCGCUAGGCUAACUUAUAGAUUUACACGGUCAAGGGACCUUCUCAGCCCACACAACACACUUCUGGCCUUCAAAGUAAGAGUAAGCCACAUCCUGUUUACCUGUGCUCAUUUGAUGAUGGACUUGUCGGGAAUUCCGAGUCAAGUUGAUCGAAGGUUCAUAUCAUGGAGAAGUUCAGAGCUUCCAUUCACGCCAGCUUCCGUGAUCCUGCCUCUUAAACGCAUCGUAAUGGAGAAUCGUCAGGAAGUGGAAUCCGCACGAGGAAUCGGAAACGGAAUGUUUUGGCAUUGACAAGAUGGCCGACCCCAGCCGUGAGCGUGUUCACCUUUCAAGGUCGCUAAUGUGGUGUAUGAACUCAAAGCGUACAGUAACUGCUUUUUCGCAUGACGCUGGGUCAGCGUGGUACUUUUAGCCGUAACGAGAGCACACGUAACUAUAUGCUAAUCCCUCGAUAUUCCUCACUUUUGGAAUUUCACCGCUUCACUCCAUAAUGACUUUUCCAAAAAUACAUUCAAUCAUAAAUCAGUGGUUAAAUACGGUCUAUUAUUGCUCCAAUAAAAUAUGCACUGAAUGAUGUCAUACACCAACUUAAGGCAUUCAGAUGAUGCAUUCAAGGACGCUUUGAUAUGUAGUAUUCUACACCGGUCACUCGGUCUCACUAAUGUUACUGUGAUAUUGGCUGAGACACACAAGCACCAGACAUUUAUUGCCGGCUCGAAUGAUCUCACAACAGACACACGCUAAGCUAACCCCCCCACGCCAAGCUAACACUCAACUCUGAACAGCCCGGAUGUCACUUCCUGUCCGCCCGCCACCAACAACACAGACACAAACACAAACACAAGCAUGAGUCUUAUUAUGUCUUGGCUCUUACGUCGGCCGUAGUGUGUAAACGUGACUAUAGGGUUGUUAUUUAAUGUCUAGAGGGCUCUAAAUCAUGUUAGACAGCAUAUUUAGGAAGUUGAAGAGGUUUUCUGUAGUACUCUUAACUAUGAAAAUAUUACCUUUAUCGGUGAGGAAUCCUACUUUGUGGAAAUGUACUGAUGUAACUGCUAUAAAGGAAGGAUUACUGUAGUAAUGGUGUGUAAAUAUCCACUCAGUGAUGUAGCACAGUUUUUGUACAAUACUGUAUUCGUAGUCUUGCCUUGAAACGUUUAAAAAAACAUUUAAAACGUUUUUGGAGUACACACGGUGUUUCGUAUUCAAGCGUUUUCAUUCGGGUGUGAUUUUGCACCUCUGUUGUAGUUCGAUUCCAUGCAUGGAAUCAUGCAGUGCAGAAAGAGCAGAGCGUGUAGCAGCCAGGAAGGAACAGGAAAGUAAACGUCCAGUACAAGUCUACCUCCCAGUUCCAGUACUUGGCAUCCCACAUGUGCUGCCAGCGUACUCCGACGGUGGAACUCAGAGUCCCGCCCCACAUGGGAGUAGGUCUUGAGGUCUGAGUGAUUGCUGGGUCACUUGGGUGAGCCUUCGCUUCACUUCACGAGGAUGAGGUCUCAUACGCUUCUCCGUAAGGUAGUCAUUAUCUUUUAGCGGUCUUUCAUUACGUACACUUCUCCACAGUCACACACCGAUACUUCUACUGCUGAAGUCCUUCUAUUUCCCACUACGCCGGAGAGGCCUCAAACUAUCCACCUUGUCCUUGCUCAAAGGUCUGUGAUGCUGAUUUUAGUUUUUUGGACUUUUGGCUUCUCUGAAUGAGAACAAAUAAAAAGUUGUAGCAUUGUGUUUUUAUGUAAAUACUAUUUGUGCUACUAUCUUGUACCUCCAAAUGUAUCGGCAUUGUUAUUUCCAUGCUGUAGUUUGAAAUAAAGAAUCUUUGUUUAUUUUCAA